AUGGCUACUUUCCAUGAUAAAGACCAUAAUAUAGUCGAAAUUGAAGAUCAUGGUUGUGAAAUUACUACAGAAUUGAGUGAAAGCAAUCAUGAUGAAUUGGUGAAUAAUGGUGAAUUUAAUAUAGGUGAGAUCGAACAAAAUGCCAAUGCGGAUGCGAAGAGUGAUGUGAAUAAUGACGCAAUAGAGUUAUGUAUUGGAAUGGAGUUUCAAUCACUAGAUGAUGCUUUAAUGUGCUAUACUAAUUAUGCAAAAUAUGAAGGUCUUGGAAUUCGCAAAAGCCGCAUAGUAAAGUCUAGAAAGAAUCAAAUGGUUAUUGGACAAGAGUUUGUUUGUUCAAAGCAAGGUUACCGUGCAAAAAAUAUUUAG